AUGGUGCUGCCAAAACAGGCUCUCACUGCAACAGCAGCCUUUGCAGGCGGAUGCAUACACAUCGUGUGGGGGGAGAUCUUCUCCGAGAAGAUCAUGGCCGACGCAAGUAUGUACACCGACGACACGGCGGCCGACAGCAGCAGCACUGUGGGCGGCAGCAGCAGCGAUGACGACGAACGCUCGAACCAACAGGAGCUCACAGUGCGAGGGCGCUCCGAGAGCCAAGGGCAGCUCAGCGAUCAAGAUACCGACUUUGACCGCUCCUUCUACUUUGUUCUCUCGGGCCCUAACUACACCUACGAGGCUGUCCCGGUGCGCAUGUAUGUCCUACUUGUGGUGGCUAUUUGA